AUGUUAACAGAUUGUGAUUUUUAUAGCAAACAAAGUAUUUCAGAAUUACAAGCAUAAUUGGCACAUAAAAAGAAAAAGAUUCAAAUCUUAAAAUAAGAAAAGAAUUCUAUGUUGAAUCGUAUUGAUGAAUUGAAUUAAAAAGUUCAUGAUUAAGCAGAAGAAUUCAAAAAGUAAAGAUUGAAAUUUAAAGGUCUUGAAAAAUAACACUCACAUGUAAUCAAUAAUAUUCAUAAUAAUAGUUAAAACAUUAGAAUGAAAAUUUAAAAAAAGACUAAAGUGUGAAUAAUGAAACCAUUACAUUGUUUUAAAAAGGUUUCAAAAGAGAUGAAUUCAAAAAGCAUGAAAGAACAGUAGCACAAUUAUAAAAUGAUAUUAUUAAAUUAUCUAAUGCUUUGGAAGAACAUAAAAUAGUUAGAGAAUCAAAUAGUGAAGAAAUAACUAGAUAAUUAAUUUAUAUUUAAGAAUUAGAAAAUCAAUUAAACUCAUAUAAAUCAAUGACAGAAGAUGAUUAAUUAAAAUACAACAAUUAACAACUUUAUUAAACUAUUGAAGAUCUUAAUUAUCAAUUAUAGUCAUCAAAUAAAAAGAAAGAUGAAGAUUAUUAAAACUAAUUAUAAGAAUUACAAUAAAUUGCUGAUAUUAAUAAAUUAGAAAAUAAAGAACUUAAUUUAAAAAUUGCAUAAUAAGAUAAACUUUAUUAGAUGCAGAUCUAAAAAAUAAUCAAAUUAUGUGAAUCUGUUCACGAUGAAUUGUCAAAUAAAGUAUCAAAUAAAGCAGAAGUAAAAGAAAUUUUAACAAAAUUGAUUAUCUCUAAAAAAGAUAUUGAUCUUGAUUUACUUAAGUAUUACUUUUAAUUUAAACAAUAGAAUUGAAUCUGAAAUAAAUAGUUAAAUUUGCGAAGAAUUAUAAAAUAAAGUUGAUAAUUUAUCAAAUGAAAAUUAAAAUAUUAAAUAAAAAUUUUAAGCAACUUCAACAAAUAAAGAAGCUUUAUAAAUGAGAGAAUAGGAUUUAAUUCAUUAAAUUGAAAAAUUAUAAAUAUAAGUUGAAAGAUAAAAAGAAUUGAACUAAAUGAGAUAGAAGACAAUGUCUGAGUAAAUAUCAGCUUUAUAGAGAAAUAACAAAUAAUUGAAUUAAGAUUUAGAUAAAAUAACCAAAGAAGUUUAAGACUUAAGGGAAGAAAAGGUUAUUUUAUAAUAAACAAUUCAGAGAUAAGAGAAAAAGAUAUAAACACUAAGUUUAUCUAAAUAUAAAUGA